GAAGGAGCGGAGCCGGGAGGGGGGAGGGCGAGGGACCAACAGCUGCUCACGCCGCCGCCGCCAGGGGAGAGGAAGGCGCGGAGGAGGAGGAGGAGGAGUCGCCGCCGGAGCAGGCCAGGCCGCGGGGCCUGAGGAGAGGCGGAGGGGGGAGGAGAGCAAUAAAAAACCUUAUAUGCAUUUCCCCUGAGAGGGGGAGGGGAAGAUAGCCCGAGGGGGGCGCCCCCCCGCCGCCCCCCCCCCCCCCCGCCCCGCCAUGGAGGCCAAUUGGACCGCCUUCCUCUUUCAGGCACACGAAGCUUCACAUCACCAACAGCAAGCAGCACAGAACAGUCUGCUGCCUCUCCUGAGCUCUGCCGUCGAGCCCCCUGAUCAGAAGCCGAUUUUACCCUUACCGAUAACUCAGAAACCUCAGCCUGCACCAGAAACACUAAAAGAUGCCAUUGUGGGAAUUAAGAAGGAAAAGCCUAAAACCUCCUUCGUGUGCACAUACUGCAGCAAGGCCUUCAGAGACAGUUACCACUUGAGGCGCCACGAAUCCUGCCACACGGGAAUAAAGUUAGUGUCACGGCCAAAGAAAGCUCCUGCCACGAUGGUACCACUUAUCUCUACCAUUGCGGGUGACAACAGCCGGACAUCGCUGGUUUCAACCAUUGCAGGCAUCUUGUCGACAGUCACCACGUCUUCCUCUGCUGCCAAUCCCAGCAGUAGCGCUGGUGCCACGGCCAUGCCGGUGACACAGACGGCGAAGAAGCCCAGCAAGCCGGUCAAAAAGAACCACGCUUGUGAGAUGUGUGGCAAGGCCUUCCGUGAUGUCUACCAUCUCAACAGGCAUAAACUCUCCCACUCAGACGAGAAGCCUUUUGAGUGUCCGAUUUGCAAUCAGCGAUUCAAAAGGAAGGACCGCAUGACCUAUCACGUGAGGUCUCAUGAGGGUGGCAUCACCAAACCCUACACCUGUGGUGUGUGUGGAAAAGGCUUUUCGAGGUACCAUGUAGAAAAUCCCAGACCCGAUCAUUUGAGCUGUCAUGUCAAACACGUUCAUUCCACAGAGAGGCCCUUCAAAUGCCAAACUUGCACAGCUGCCUUUGCCACCAAAGACAGGCUGCGGACACACAUGGUGCGCCAUGAAGGAAAAGUUUCGUGUAAUAUCUGUGGUAAACUUCUGAGUGCAGCAUAUAUUACCAGCCACUUAAAGACUCAUGGGCAGAGCCAAAGCAUCAACUGUAAUACCUGUAAACAAGGCAUCAAUAAAAAGUUUGGCUUUUUCAAACAAGAAAAUCUACACCUCCCUGCUUCAUGCAUGAAUGAAGAGAGCAACAACCAGAAGCAGCAGCAGCAGCAGCAACAACAGCAGCAGCAGCAACAGCAGCAGCAGCAGCAUGUGUCAAACUGGCCUGGGAAACAGGUCGAGACCUUGAGAUUGUGGGAAGAAGCUGUCAAAGCAAGGAAGAAAGAAAGUCAACAGACUCUGAGGCCAACUUCGGUCAAGCAAGAAUGUCAGUACAACUUUGAGAAGGCUAUAGAGUACGUACCGUUCGAAGCUGCUAACUUAUGCCAAACGUCCACGGCUGCCACAACGCCUGUGACUCUUUCUACUCCUUUCAAUAUUACCUCCUCAGUGGCUUCUGGGACUAUCACCAACCCAGUCACAGUGGCUGCAGCAAUGAACAUGCGAAGCCCGGUCAAUGUGUCGAGCGCAGUUAACAUCUCCAGCCCGAUGAGCUUAGGCCACCCAGUCACCAUAACCAGUCCGUUGUCCAUGGCCUCUCCGUUAACGCUCACCACACCUGUAACUGCGCCGGUGAACAUAGCACAUCCAGUCACUAUCACCUCGCCCAUGAACCUGCCGACGCCAAUGACGCUAGCUGGUCCGUUAAACAUAGCGAUGCGGCCAGUGGAGAGCAUGCCUUUCCUCCCCCAGGCGUUGCCAACUUCUCCUCCCUGGUAAAACAAGCAAACACACCAACCCUCCUAGCAGUAUUAAAAAAAAGGAAUGAAAAGCAAAUCCUUACCAGCAAUUUUUUUUUUGAAUUUUGGUUUUUGUUUUGUUUUUAGUUAAUGAGAACGGAACCAGAUUAAUCCAUCUGGGGCAAAAAAAAAGUGCACCAGUUUAAAAUAGUGCAUCCUUGUUUGGUCGGUCGUUACUCUAAUACUGGGCCACUUCGUUUCUUUCCAGGUGUCAGUUGGAGCUGAAAUAAGAGCAGGUGAGAGUUGAACCCAGCGCAUCAGGGGAGGGGAACACCGGGUUCAUGUUAGACUUUGGACAUUGCAGAUGUAGAAAUAGUUUAAGCUGAACACUAGAAGUCUGAAAAUAAAGUCCUCUGCAAGCAUGCUGCAGGGUGGGAGAAUGGUCAACUUAAAUUUGCCAGCUCUGUAUCCCUCCAGGCCUAAAAGUAGCAUCGUAGUGUUUUUCUUUUAAAAGUUAACGCAUUACAUGGUCCUAUUUUUUUUUUAAUGCAUUUGAAUAAUUAUGCAUUUUACCUUUGGGAAUAUGACGACUUCAGGGCCGAAUUCCCUAUGGGAAAAGUGGUACCAGCUCUGAUAUGCAAAGCAUACGGUAACUUAACAUGCUAACUUCAACGUGUAACAAUGGGGAUUGUGACCUGAUAUUCGGAGAUGUAAAUAACACUCACCGUAUUACCCGAAGAGAAUAUAGCAGCAUAGUCAGCGUAUUGAGGAAAGAAAAAACUGUUCAACGUUUGGCAAGGAGCAGCUGUGAGUGAUGGAAGAGGAGUCGAAAUUGACAUGACCACGGACCGAACCCACCGGGGACUCUUUUAAAGAGCCAGUAGCAGGCUUUGAAACCAAUGGGGGAAAAUGGUAUUACGCUGGAAGACUUUGAAGGCGCCCGGGGUAUGAUGCGCGUAUGCCCUGAUUCUCUCAAUCAGAACCUGCCGGCGUUGUGAUGGAGAGCAGGUGUCGUUCACUCGGAGCUUUUUGUCUUAUAUUAUAAAAAUCGUAUACAGUUUUUAUUCUAACCACUAAUUAGUUAGGAUGCCCCUUCAGGACAAGCCAAGAAAGAGCAUCUUAUUGUUUGUGUUUUCUUUUAAAAAACCCUUUCUUCCCUCUUUAAUCAAGUGUUGUGCAGAUCUCCAACUUUGUAAAUAUUUGCCAGAAACCAUCAUUUUUACUUUUUAGUUUUUUGUUGUGUUAACACCUAGUUAUCAAUGGAAGGGGUAGGGGGCUUCCCGUUGACCUAUCCAGUGCAGGAGAGAUUUCCCCUCCCUAACCCCCUAAAUGGUCACACUUUAAAAGAAAUCCUAUACAACUCUUGUUUCUUUCAUUUUUUUUUAAAAAAAAUAUCUGUACAUAAAGUAGGAAAUGUAGAGAUGCAGUUAUUUUUUAGACUAUCAUGUCGGUCACUUUUUUUAAAAAAAGAAAAGGAUCAGACCCUAUAACCAAGACUGACUUAAGAAUUAAUCAGAAGGUAGAAGCUAUCAGGCCAAGGGUAUGACAAGGCAGUGGCGAUCAGUAUUUUGAUUCUAACGGGAUGCCAGCUUGCCUGAGCGGGUCAAAGUCCACUGUUCGUGUUUAUACCCAUUGUGUCCAUGUAAAAAAUAUAUCAUAUUCUAUACUUUUUAAGGCCAACGUCUGGAGUUGGGAGACGGCUGCCCAGUUCGUUACGUGAAACGGUUCUAGGGGGCUCAGACUACAUCAUAAAAUGUGGGGGGGAGAAAUAAUAGAACUUAGUGUAAAAAUAAUUUUAUAAAUGAACUUUUUGUACCUUAGGACAUCAAAUUGUACAACUUUUGUAUAUAUAAACGCUUAGGAGCUUUCUGUGUAGCAGAAAGAGAACACAUUCCUACACUUUUAAUGUAUAUGUUUGUUAUAAUGUCAUGUAAACAUAUGCCCCAUGUUUGUGCCUUUUAAUUAGUUUGUCUGAAUAAACAAAUGUAGAGA